GUCGCAGAUAUGAAUAUAACAAGCCCUCCCAAAAAAGAAAAGAAAAGAAGAAGAAGAAGAAGAAGAAGUACAGUGCUUCACUGACAAGAUAGAGAUUGAAAGAAGCAAGAAAGAAUAAAGAAAACACACAAGGCAAUAUCAUGGAAUCUUUGUUUCGCUUUCUGCUUCUUUUUGUGUGCUUUCUCCCAGUUUUUGUCGAUUGCAGGGUUCGGCGAUACAAUUUUAAUGUGGUAACCAAAACGAGUACCAAACUAUGCUCAAGCAAGCCGAUUGUUACCGUCAAUGGCAAGUUCCCAGGACCCACUCUUUAUGCUAGGGAAGAUGAUACAGUCCUCGUAAGGGUUGUCAACAAGGUCAAAUACAAUGUCUCCAUUCACUGGCAUGGUGUUAGGCAACUGCGAACUGGGUGGGCUGAUGGGCCAGCAUAUAUUACACAGUGCCCAAUUCAACCAGGGCAAAACUAUGUCUACAAUUUCACCCUCACGGGACAAAGAGGGACACUUCUUUGGCAUGCGCAUAUUCUCUGGCUAAGGUCCACAGUUCAUGGUGCCAUUGUUAUUUUGCCUAAGCGUGGCGUUCCUUACCCAUUCCCAAAGCCACACAAGGAGGAAGUUGUUAUCUUAGCUGAAUGGUGGAAAUCAGAUACUGAAGCUGUUAUCAAUGAAGCUAUGAAAUCUGGAUUAGCACCCAAUGUCUCUGAUGCUCACACCAUUAAUGGACAUCCGGGGGCCGUCCCCAAUUGUCCUUCACAGAGCGGAUUCAGAUUACCUGUUGAAAGCGGCAAGGCCUACCUGCUAAGGCUAAUCAAUGCUGCACUCAAUGAAGAGCUUUUCUUCAAGAUUGCAGGACACCAACUUACAGUUGUGGAGAUUGAUGCUUGUUAUGUAAAGCCAUUGAAGACAGACACAGUCCUAUUAGCACCUGGCCAGACAACUAAUGUCCUUGUCACAGCUAAUAAGAAUUCAGGCAAAUACUUGGUUACAGCUUCCCCAUUCAUGGACGCGCCAGUUGCAGUUGAUAACAGGACAGCAACGGCCACUCUGCACUACUCCGGCACUCUUGCUAGCGCACCCACAACUGUCGCCACCCCACCACCACAGAAUGCUUCCGCAGUUGCCAACAAUUUUAUUAACUCUCUACGCAGCUUGAACUCGCAAAAGUACCCUGCUAGAGUCCCACUGAAAGUUGACCAUAACCUUUUGUUUACUGUUGGGUUAGGCAUCAACGCUUGUCCUUCUUGCAAGGCAGCUAAUGGUAGCAGGGUUGUUGCUAGCAUCAACAAUGUCACGUUUGUUAUGCCAACAACUGCUCUGCUUCAAGCUCAUUUCUUCAAAAUCAGUGGGGUCUUCACUACUGACUUUCCUUCUAAGCCGCCACAUGUUUUUAAUUUCACUGGAUCCGGACCCAAAAAUCUGAAUACUGUAAGAGCAACUAAGGUUUACAGGUUGAAGUAUAACGACACAGUUCAACUUGUGAUGCAAGAUACUGGAGUCAUAGCACCUGAGAGCCACCCUAUUCACUUGCAUGGAUUUAAUUUCUUUGUAGUUGGUAGAGGACUAGGGAACUAUAAUCCAAAUACAGAUCCUCAGAAUUUCAAUCUUGUAGAUCCGGCUGAGAGGAACACAAUUGGUGUACCAACUGGCGGAUGGGCCGCCAUAAGGUUCCGAGCAGAUAAUCCAGGUGUGUGGUUCAUGCAUUGCCAUCUAGAAGUGCACACGACAUGGGGACUUAAGAUGGCAUUCUUGGUGGACAAUGGCAAAGGACCUAAUGAAUCACUCUUGCCACCUCCAAGUGAUCUUCCAAAAUGCUAAGAUACGCCAAAGGUUUAACUUUUAGAGCAAAUAGCACCUUCAAAAUGUGAGGUGCUGUGAGCACCAUUAUACGCGGAAGAGGAAGAGAGUAAAUAAUAAUAAUAAAAAAAAAGGGAUAAAAAGAAAAAGAGUGAUAAUCAAAGAAUCUAUUUGUUUCUUGAGUAAAUUGGCAAAUUUUGCUCAAGCAAGUUUGAAUAAAAUUGUAAAAGAAUUUUUAUUCGUUAUUGAAAUACCAAUGCAUUUAUUUCUUUUUUGAA